UGUGGGUGGACGCAGGGGCAGUUGUACAUAGACGCAAACCUCUACUAGGUAUUAACAUGUAUGCAGUUGCAUUUCCUUAGUGAUUGUAAAUGACAUGAUUGUUAAGUCGAAAAACGCAAGGCUUUUCAAAUAAUAGCUGCCAGUUAGUUAGUAUAAGGCGGAAACGGAAUAAAACCUGGGCUGGACUAAUAAUUUAAAACGUACCCCGGGAGUGUGGACUGCAUCUGGGCUGCUUUUCUUCCUGAAACACUGCAUAAUUUCAUAGACACAAAGUGUCCAAUGGCUUUGAAGAGAAUUCAGAAGGAGUUACAUGAUUUAGAACGAGAUCCACCGACACAGUGUUCAGCUGGACCAGUUGGAGAAAACUUGUUUCACUGGCAAGCAACAAUCAUUGGACCUGGUGACAGCCCAUAUCAAGGAGGACUAUUCUUUCUCACAAUCCACUUUCCUACGGAUUAUCCUUUCAAGCCACCUAAAGUAUCAUUUGCCACAAAAAUAUACCACCCAAACAUAAAUGGUAAUGGAAGUAUUUGCCUGGACAUCUUGAGAUCACAAUGGUCUCCAGCAUUAACAAUAUCAAAAGUUUUAUUGUCCAUAUGUUCAUUGCUCUGUGAUCCAAACCCUGAUGACCCCUUAGUUCCAGAUAUAGCACACAUCUACAAGUCAGACAAAGAGAAGUAUAACAACCUGGCAAAAGAAUGGACUGAAAAAUAUGCAAUGUAAUAAAAAAAAAAAAAAAAAAGGCUUUACAGAUCAUUUUAAGCUAUACGGCCCCAUACAUUUUAGAGUCUCACAGUCCUUAAGUAAUAUUAUUAAAAAUUGUUUAAUAUUUUCAUAUCAGUAAUUACAGCUCUA